CCGCUUCUGCGAUCGCUUCCCACAGACCUGGAAAAAUGAAAGGAGAUGAAAUUGCGCAUUUGAGUAGGGGCAAGACUAAGCACUUGUUAUGUCCGAUCUAUCUCCUCAUUUCCGCACGAGUGUACUUCUGUCUUGUCUUCAUUAUCACCUUUCCUAGAUUGGAUGGUGUGCUUGGGAUGUUGGGACUUGAACGCAAACAGUUUGAUUUGCGGCUUUCGCAGAGAUGGUCAUAAAUCCAAGAAACAAUGGUGCAUCUGGAGCCAUCGACAAGCAACUUCCUUGUGUCGCCUGCCGCCAGUAUGAUCACGCACGUGACGGGAUGGGGCGGGGAAAGGCCCAUUUCAAACGUUGGACAACCUCACAGCCAGAAAUGAAUCCAUCGCUCACGCUUUUCAUAGACGCAAUUGUUUGAUAUAUGCCUCUGUCGCUUUGGCUGCGACUAGAGGUCCCGCACCUGCGCGAUGCAGUACCCCCCCACAGCACCCAAAGGGGUUGACUCGGCAUCUUCUGAGGGCGACGGUAGCAAACAGCCCCUUCGCACCCCCCAAAAGUCCAAAACACCACGAGCUCGUUCGCUUUCCGACAGCGCGCCGCAUCUUGAACCGUCACCCAGAUUCCAUGAACCGCUUCGCACUUCCAAAGAUGACCACACUAUCGUCGCCAGCCCGCGCACGCCCAGGCGCCCUGACCUGUUGUCGCGAGGGCUGUCCCUGCAAAUGCCCUCGCGGGAGCUGCCCAUGCCCAGUCCCGCACAAUUAGCAGCGCGAGUACCUCUUUCACCGCAGCUCGACGCCCGCAAUACGUAUGCCUCUCCCGCCUCAUUGCUUCCCCGCCGGUCGCGCGGUGCCGAAUUCUCUAGAGCCUGCACCAACCUCCACCACUCAACCCUCGCCGAUCAGUCAUCGCCCGACUCAUCCCCUACCAUCACCCAAAAGGGGAUGAUGAUACCUUCUCGCAAGCCCCGCGGCAAUUCCAUGGUCAUGGAGAGUCCCAACGUCAUGCAUGCGGUCUGGGGCAACGGUGAUAGGACAGCCGCGUCGAGCUCGGUGGGCAGCAUCAGCAUGCUCGACCCCGACGAUUCCAGCAGCAGUUCCGACGAAGGCGACCCAAUGGAUCCCGAUGACAACGACGAUCCCAUGUUGAUGACACCACAAGCUCUAAAGCACAGCACGCCGUUCGGCGGACCGGCAGGACACAACCCAGGUACCUGGAGCAGCAUGUUCUCGCCGGGAGGGCCGCCCACAUUCAUGAGUAUCCAACGGGCGCGGCUGCGCAAGGGACGGAGUAGGAAAAGUUCCAGCUCGGCCAGCGGCCACAGCAGUAGCAUGGCUUCCCCAGGCCCCGCAUCUCCACCCAAUGGUAAGACGGACGGGUACUUUGCGCGUGAGGCCGCUAUGCGAAAAGCCGGCUCACGGAGAGAGUCUCUUUCCCUGUUCACCAACGACCUGCAUAUUUCCUCUGGGAAUGACAGCGGAGACGAGGGCAUGGCUAUGCCACAGACACCUGGGGUGGUGAGGCGGCCAGUGACGCGGCGAGGGAACCUGCUGUCAAGGCAAUUCGGACGUAUCAAAGCAGAGUUGAUGGAGGAAGCUACUCCUAUCGACAACGAGUUUCGCCGUGAGGCAGAGAUUAUUCGGCAAGUACGCGAGAACGAAGGGGAUCUCGAAUUUCCGUCUACCACUGCGCAGUCUUCGCCCAAUCUCUUGCCCACAGUCCCGGGCUUGGACGGCCCGCUGGAAGGCGUUCCUGAAGAAGGCAGUGAGGAGAACAUGAGCUUAGACUCUUCAAACACCAAGGGACUUUUCGGAGCUUUUGCACCACCCAAGACCAUCGGUUCUGGCAGGCGAGAUUUUUGGCAUCGCGAUCGGCCUGCGCAGACCCCGCCCCCCAGUUUCCCGCGCGCCGAGUCGAGCAUAAUGAACGACGACAUUAGCAUGGACUCUCCGUCCACAUCGACAUCCGUACUCUCUACUCUGGCAACGAGCGGGCUGGAGCACAAUUUGUAUUCGAGCUCAGCAUCUCGCUCCUCCACGCCGCAACCACUCGCGCCUUUGACCGCCGCGGACGGGCUGAAGAAGUCCAGCAAGCGGCGAAGAGAUGACGACCUCGACAGCUACUCCAUUAAGCGCAGGGCUGUAUCACCCGGUGUCAGUGUGCACAACUCCCCGGUUCUAUCCCAAUCGCCCGCGCAACGGGAUUUUUGGGGUGCCAGGACACAGCGCGAACCGUCUGUUAGUGGGGCAAGCGGGCAUGCGGCUGGGGAAAGGUCCAAUAGCGGAGGGAGCGUGGCGCUGACACCUUCUCUGGGACCCAAGAGGGUAGGCUUGCAGAGUAUGACGGAUACGCACGAUGGGCUCAUGAAAAUGAGCAUCGAGUGA